AUGGCUGAAUAUAUUUCACCGUAUGAUUUACGCAGACUUACGUUAGAAAGGAGAAGGAAACAAGCACUUCUAGAAGAAGCCAUUAGAAAGGAGGAAGAAGUAAAGCAAAGGGAGAAAAUGCUUAAACAAGAGAGGUUGAAAAACCUUCAAAUGCAAAGAGAAUUGCUAAUACAACAAAGGAGGGACUUGCGAGUCGACAGAGAAAAUAAAGAGGAUAUAAACCCAAAUGAAGAAGAAAGUAUAUAUGAGUAUUUGAGCGAACACGGUUUACCCCUGGAUGAUUUAGUAAUUGUAGAUGAGUUAGAUUUUGAAGAGAGAGAAGCACUUUGUAAUUCAACACACGAAGAAGCAAGUAUUGCGAAGAGUCUUACAGGUGUAGAAAAUCCAGAGAAAGAAAUCAAUUUAUCAGGCGAAAUUGAAAGACUUGAUAUAAUGUUGCAGUCAUUCAGACAUGAGGAUGGUUUUGUAAAUGAUAAAGAUGAACAUACUGAUUCAAGAGACUUUACUGUACACAAAGAAAUAUCUACCAAUGAAUACCCUGAACAAAUCCAUUAUCAGAAUACUGAAGCUGAAACAAAUAAAUAUAUUGAAAAAGACCAAGUGCCAAAUGAAACUGUAUCAAACAGCAUAAGUCAUAGAAUGACUCAAAAACCAGAAAAUCCUGUUUUAGAUAGAGAUAUGGUUAAGGACAAUGUACAGACAGGAUACAGUAGAAACCAACAGAGGAGUAGAAUAGAAGAAGAUACUGCGAAUCUAGAAGAAGAAAUAGCGACAGAAAUGUCUGCAAAGAAACAAGAUGUUGAAAUAGAUCAAUACUCGAAAGCAACAGAAGUGAGUUACACACAGGCUGAAUUGUUGGAGAGAUGGAAAGAGUUAGGAAAAGAAUUAGAGGAAGUAAAUAAUAGACAGUUGACAAGAGGAGAAGAGAAUAAAGGUAGUGAACAUGUUGAAAGGUUUCAGACAGAAACAAAGAUUGGUAUAAGUACCAAAGGACCUUCACAGCCAUCAAGUCAUAACGCAUAUAAACAAAGAACAGAUGAAAGUGUUCUUAGAAAUGUUAACGAUAUAGAUAGAGGCAUGUUAGAGAAACAGAACAGUCGGACAAGACAAAAUGCUAAAGUAAAAACAGAACCUGAUAGAUUAGAGGAGUUACAGAGACAAAAAGAUGAAAUAGAUAGACAGUUAAGGGAAGAAACAUUAGAAAGAGAUAGAAAGUUAUUAAAGGAAAAGACGGAAAGGGAAGAGAAAAUACAAGUAUUAAAGAACUAUAAAGAAAAGAAAGAAAGAGAAAAGACAGAACAGGAGAAGAAAAGAGAGAAACAGAGACAAGAAGAAAGAGAAAUUAUGGCUCGUAUUGAAAGACUCAAAAAAAGAGAGAAAGAUAUAGAUAGAAAGAAAAUGCAAAAAGAAGAAUUACAGAAAAAGAGUUGUGAAGAAUUAGAAGAUCAGCGGAUGAAGGAAAGAUUGAGAGAACUGAACAAAGAAGAAGAGGAGAUACAAAAGAGAAUACAUGAAAAAGAAAAGAAAGAGAAAACCUCCAGUGAUGAGAAAGAAAACAAGAUUCCAAGUGAAACAGAUGUGUUCGCAAAGCUUGAGAAGACUAUCCUCGGAAAACCAUACUUACCAUCAUUUGAAGGCAAUCAGUUCGAGGAAUGGAAGUUAGAAGUAUCUUGUUUAUUGAAAUCAGGAUUAUACCCAGAUUACCUGAUAGCCCAGUUAGUUCGGAAUUCUCUCAAAGGAAAGACUAGAAGAGUUUUACUUACUUUACAGCCUGGUGCUUCUGCAAGAGAAAUUCUAAGAAAAAUAGAAUCCGUAUAUGGAAAUGUAAAAAGUGGAGAUUCUCUUAUUCAUGAUUUCUAUUCAGCAAAACAGUCAUCAAAUGAAUCUUGUACAGAUUGGGGAAUCAGAAUUGAAACACUUUUCUAUCAAGCCGUUGAUAAAGGAGAAGUUGAUGAAUCUAGAAAAGAUGGCAAACUAAAAGAGAGAUUUUGGAGAGGAUUAUUUUCAGAAAGACUGAAGAAUGCGACAAGAGUGACUUAUGAGUCUAGCGAUUCUUUCGAGAAGUUAAGGAAAAAGGCAAGAUUGGAGGAAGUUGAAAUAGAUACAGGAACAGAAAAUAGGAAAGAAGCAAGUCCAGGUGAAAUAACAGAAGAUAAAACAACACAGCCGAAAAUACACCAACCGAUAAGGACUUCAGAAACAGACUCGAAAUUAGACAUGAUACUUGAGAAAAUGAAAGCAUUGGAAGAGGAGGUAAAGGAGUUGAAAAGACGCCAGAAUUCAGAGGAGAAAAGAUACAAUAAUGGUUUCUCGCAGUCAAGAGGUAGAGCCAGAUUCAGAGGAAAUGCUGGUUAUAGUGCACGGUACAGAGGUAGAGGAUAUCGAAGUCCAUCGCAUCAAAAUAGAAAUAGAAACAAACUUCAAUCAGAAAAUGAAAGAACCCCGAAAGAGAAGUCUGAACAGAAAUCUGAAAAGUCUGAUAAGAAAGACAAAGAGACCGACAAGAAGAACAAACCUUUAAACGGGUAAAUGUCUCUGUCGCAGGGCAGACCAGAGACUCCCAUGAACAAAGCCCUAGGAAUGAAUUGUAUGAAAGAAUAGUAGGAUCUUGUAAUGAAAACGAAAUUGAAGUUGAAGGAAAUAGAACAGUUGGACUUAUAGAUACCGGCUCAAUGGU